GACUCUACCAUGGACCACAUCAUCUGCUGCCUGCUGGUCCUGGGAGCCACAGUGAUGACCACCCAUGCAUGCCCCAAGUACUGUGCAUGCCAGAAUCUGUCCGAGUCCCUGGGGACGUUAUGUCCUUCCAAAGGCCUUCUAUUUGUGCCUCCGGAUAUCGACCGCAGCACGGUAGAGCUCAGACUGGGAGGCAACUACAUUCUCCGCAUCACGCAGCAGGACUUUGCCAAUAUGACCGACCUGGUGGACCUGACUCUUUCCAGGAACACCAUCAGCUACAUUCAGCCUUUCUCCUUUGGUGACCUGGAAACACUGCGUUCACUUCAUCUGGACAAUAACCGUUUAAUGGAGCUGGGCCCUGAUGAUUUGCGAGGCUUGGUCAACCUGCAGCACCUCAUUGUUAACAACAAUCAGCUGGGCCGCAUCCAUGACAAGGCGUUUGAGGACCUGGCACCUGCCUUGGAGGAUCUGGAUCUCUCCUAUAACAACCUGAUGUCUCUGCCCUGGGACUCAGUCCGCCAGAUGAUUAACCUGCACCAGCUUAGUCUGGACCAUAACCUAUUGGACUUUAUCCCAGAGGGCACCUUCUCUGACCUGGAAAGGCUGGCUAGACUGGACCUGACCUCAAACCGCCUUCAGAAACUACCCCCAGACCCCAUCUUUGCCCGUGCCCAAGACUCACUGAUACUGACCACACCCUACGCUCCCCAGCUGUCCCUAAGUCUAGGCGGGAACCCUCUGCACUGCAACUGUGAGAUGCUGUGGCUGCGGAGGCUUGAGAGGGAUGAUGACCUGGAGACUUGUGCCUCCCCUCCGGCCCUAAAGGGGCGUUAUUUUUGGAAUGUAAAGGAGGAGGAGUUUGUUUGUCAGCCACCUCUGAUUACCCAGCACACCCACAGGAUGCUGGUGCUGGAGGGCCAGACAGCCAGCCUAAGAUGUGAAGCGACUGGAGACCCAUCUCCCACGAUCCACUGGAUCUCCCCCGACGACCGGCUGCUCGGCAACUCCUCCCGAACCGUGGUGUUCAGCAACGGAACCCUGAGCAUCACCAUCACCACUUCCAAGGAUUAUGGCACUUUCACCUGCAUUGCCGCUAAUGUGGCGGGGGAGUCCGCCGCAUCAGUAGAGGUGUCCAUCGUCCAGCUUCCGCAUCUCAGCAACGGGACGGGGCAGCCGGCCCAGCCUAAGUCACGCCUCUCUGACAUCACAGGCACCACCAGGAUCAGCAAGGGGGCUACCAAGAGCCAACCAGAGAGGGCUGUGUCGGUCUCCGAGGUGACGGCUGUUUCAGCACUGGUCAAGUGGACGGUGAGCAAGUCAGCUCCCAAGGUGAAGAUGUACCAGCUCCAGUACAACUGCUCUGAUGAUGAGGUUCUGAUCUACAGGAUGAUCCCAGCCUCCAGCAAAGCCUUUUUGGUGACGAAUCUGGUAUCGGGGACUCGCUACGAUCUGUGCGUGCUGGCAGCCUGGGAUGACACAGCCACCACGCUCACGGCCACCAAUGUCGUGGGCUGCACACAUUUCUUCACCCAGGACGAUUACCCGCAGUGCCAGUCUCUGCCCAGCCAGCUGCUGGGAGGCACCAUGAUCCUGGUGGUCGGGGGCAUCAUCGUGGCCACCCUGCUCGUGUUCAUCGUCAUCCUUAUGGUGCGCUACAAAGCGGCAGAUACUGAACCCCCCGUCGGGAAGCUGACCAGCGUCAGUGACACGCACUCUCAGACCAACGGGGGUCGACUAGGGCAAAAUGGACUUCUCAUGUCCCAGUCUCGGCCUCAGCCUCAGCAACAGCCUGAGCCGAAGUUCAAGGCCAAAGUGACUCUGCAGGACGAGGUUGUGGAGUUCAAGUGUGGCUCCCUCCAGAGCAGCCUCUCCUCUUCCUCCUCUUCUUCAGGUUCCACGGCUGGGGGGUCGUACAGCCCCAACAGCACACUUGCCAACAUUUGGAGGUCAGCUCCCUCCAAGCCCCGGUCCAACCUGGACCACCUCCUCGGGGCCUUCACCUCGCUCGAGCUGCGUGGAGCGCAGGGCCGUGACCCGGGAGCCUCCGGUAGCACUUCGACGGCAGCGACGAAGCCACAAACAGACAGGGUGCCGCUGCUGGGCAGAACGCUGGACUCCAGCCUCAGCCGGCUCCUCAUGCUACCUCUGGACUCCAAGCUGAAAAGGAGCCAGUCCUUCGACAUGGGAGAUGUAACAGGCGGCGGCAACUCCGCUCAGCUGUGCAACAAACCACGCAGGAUCAGCAGUAUCUGGACUAAGAGGAGCCUUUCUGUCAAUGGCAUGCUGCUGCAGUGCGAGGAGGAGGGGGACACGGGAGGGAGCAAGGGGACGAUAGACAGCGCUGACUGGGUGAUGGAGAGUACUGUGUAG